UCCGUUAUUGUCUUUAUUUCGUUAUUUUUGACGAGGAAGGAAAUUGGCGGGAAAGUGACCGAGGUUAUAAAUAGGAAUUGGACUGUGAAUCGGCAUCAGACUGGAUCCGGACAGACAGAGAAGUACAUCGCAUUGUCAUGAGGGUCGAUAACCACAGCAGCGGACACCGGCGCGGCGGCGGGGGAGGGCGCCCCACGAGCUACACCUCGAGCCCCCAAGGACGGCCGCGUAGACCCUCGGCAGCGACGCCCGGGGGAGGGGGUGGAGGGGGAGGGUUUGGCAGUCCCUCCUACAGGCGCUCAUUCCACCACAGGGCUCUCGAGAUAGCCGGCCCCGAGAGUCCCAAGGAGGAAUCGGUGUGUCCUCUGGGCCCCUCUUCCUCUUCCUCUUCCGCUUCCUCCGCCCUCGAACACGAGAGGUUAGGUGCCGGUACUGGCCGACCCUCGAACUUCCUGCGAUACAAGACGGAGCUCUGCAGGACCUUCGAGGAGAACGGGCUAUGCAGGUUUGGAGACUCGUGUACCUUUGCUCAUGGCAUAGGUGAACUUCGCGCCAUACCUAGACAUCCACGUUACAAGACAGAGCCUUGCCGCCAGUACCACACUCAUGGAUAUUGCCAGUAUGGGGCACGAUGUCACUUUGUUCAUGACCCUGAGGAAGCUGCAGGUGUUUCCCCAAUGCGAGGUUUCAUCAUCAGAGGCAGACAUGACAGACUUGCUAGUGCAAUGCUCGCUUUAGCAGAGGAUGCAGGAAUAGUAUCAAAUCCAGAUACCAGUGAUGUUUUGUUAGCAAACCUGCGAAGGUUGUAUGCCCUGAGGGCCAUGAAGGAUCAGCCAGAAAUUUCUGACAUUCCCACCACUCAAGAACCAAGUGAAGGGAGUGAAGAUAUGUCAUUCCAGUCAGAUGGAUUGGACUUGUCAACAUAUCUGCCAGACAACCUUUCAGCUAGAUUGUUCGAGACCAGUAGCAACUGCAGCAUGUACACCUCUACCAUGAGUGUUUUAGGAUCGACGAGUAUAAAUGGCAAUAAGUACGAUGCUUCCCAUGAGCCAUUAAUGGAACAUAGUCUAGAUGCUAGUGUGGAUAACAGCAUAGACCAGAGUAUAGACACUGGUAUAUGGUCAAGUGCUUGGUCCACAACCUCUAGUCUAUCCACUUCUCCACCCAGUGAAUCCUGGUGGGGAAUGUGGGGUGGUUCUAUGGCCACGCCACCUCUCUCCCCAGAGACCAGACUUGUCCAAGAUGCUCCGCUGAAUCUUGGACAGCCUACAAUUACUUCAUUACCCCAGGGCAUUGAGAUGGAUUUACCAAGUAUUGGAAUGGCAACCAAGUUUUCAGUGAAAGUUGUAACUGAAGUGAUAAAGGAAAGUGUCAUUGCCAACCCAAUGGAGGUUUCCCGGGGCCUCCACCUUCCUUCCAUUGCCGAAUUGUGCCGCAAUUGAAAUGUACCUGAAUUAGAAAUUUUAUUUUAUAUGGGAAGCUAAUGCAGUAAUUGUAAUUUAGUUUGGUUUGCUCCAGUUCCUAAUCUUAUGGCUAAUCCGGGCCAGUUAUAUUUUAUUUUGGACUUCUGUGUGAAGGAUAAUGGGGCACAUUUAAUGUCGACCCAGAUGGAUUUUAGUUAGAUUUCUAUGGAAAUUUUUCAAUAGGAUUUUUUUUAUCAAACAAGCCAGUCUUGAUGCUAGUUUUUAGGCUAAGGAAACCAUAAUUAAUUACUCUUAGGUCAAAAGGAUAAUUGUUUAACCAUACCAUUAUUUACAAAUUAAUAAUUUAUUGCUAUGAUGAUCUCUUUAAAGGAGUGACUGUGAUAUCCAUAGGUAGUUUGUACCUAGUUAUGGAAAUAAAUAAGUGGAUUUAGUAUUUGUGUUAUUUAUGAACAGUUUUGAUUUGAUACCUUCAGAGACUAAACAUUUAAUUUAAUUUUCAGUUGAACAACUAAUAUUGAUGUAUGUGAAAGGGAUGCAUUUUGUUGUGCUAAAUAUUGUAAUUCUCCUAAUUUUGCUUUUGUAUUAUCUGUAAUAAUAAUAAUAAUGAGAUCAAAUUAAUUAAAAAUGUGGAGGUCCAUUUAGCAUACAAGUAAUCUUUUGAGCAACAUCUUGAAUUUCCUGAAAUACUAAUCACCUGUGCAAUAUUUAGUCAAUACACCCUGUAAAUACUGAAACACAUUUGUGUUUGGUAUACAUUUGGUACCAGAAUGCAAAUUUUAAAGGAAAAAAAAAAAUGCUCAGAUUAUUUUAACCUUGAUUGAAGUUUGCUGAAUACUUUGGCCAUAUUUCAACCUUAUGUAUAUCAUCCAUAUACACCAUAUUAAACAUGCUACCAAAACUGUGCCUUUGAAUGAAGUAAGCGAACUGGUAUUUUGAAGAGUAAAUACCAGAAGGACAAUACACCUAACUUUAUCGUAAAAGAAAUCCAGUGCAUGGUAUCAUGAUCUUAGGUCCAUCUUACAAAGUUAAAAAAGAAAGAUGCAAGCUUAUCAUGCAUUUCCCAUCUUACAUCUAAAUGAUUUGAGGCUGAAUAUGGUGAAACAAAACUUUUAAGAGGAUAUAUAAAUUUUAUGUAUUGAUGUUGCAUGAAAAUUUGCAUUUUUGCACUUCGUUUAAUGCAUUUUUAAUAGCCAAAUGGUGCCUCUUGUCAAAUGUCUUUCAUAUAACAAUAUGUUGGUGUAAUAACUUGGAAACCUGUUUUGUUAAUAUGGUGGUGCCUUGAAAUAGGUACUUGCAUUUAUAUCAUACAAGGUUGUCCAUUAAUGAAAAUCACUAAUAAGGGAAAUUGUAUGAAUUUAUGGAUUGUACUGCCAGCAAGUGGUGUGUGUGUACAGGUCAUGUGUGCCUCGGAUGAAAAUAUAUGGACAGAUGUGGCAAGAUCAGGAUUUGAACUAUUGUUUGCCUUAGGAUAUGCAGGGAAUACAGUAGGAUAAGGGGUUAUGUUGAUCAUCUUUAUUGCAUUAUAAUAUAUUAACUACAGUUAUGUCCUUUUGAGGAUUCAUUGUAUUCUUUAUUGUAAAGCUAAACCUCCAAUGUGUUCACUUACUGUAUCAGGACAUUAUAAGCUCAUCCUGUCCCAAGGCCUGUUAUGCAGUAUAUCUUUGACAGUAAAUACAAAUUGAUUUAUAAAA